AUGGACUCAGGAGUGCAGUCGCCUGGCAUGACAGACCACCUUCUCGGCAGUACUUGGAACCCAUACAAUCCAAGAUUCAUGAAUCAGCCGCUGGCAACCUCCAUGCACGCAAUGGUUCCUCACAACUACAUGCCUCACAACCCACAACUAGCCCAUGCCGACACAGCCAUGAUCCGCCGAGUCGAGGAUCGCAUCGGCGUCCUCGAGCAACAACAGUUCCAAGAUGGGCUGAACGCUCACUUCCGAGCCGUGCAGACUUCGCAGUCACUCCAACAUCUUCAGAAUCAGGUUCAGAAAAUGCAGCAUGUUCAGCGAUCGCUCUCGUACGACAACUCCUCUCUCCGCCUUCAGCUUCUCGACUUCCAAGCCCGACAAGAUAUUAGGGACAAUGAAGACUGUACUCGUCGAAUCCAAUUGGAGCCGCGAACCCAGGAGCAGAAACUCGAAUCAGCCAUGAAGAAUGUCAAUUUGAUGCGUAUCUAUGCUGGUGUUUCUCUUUCUGGCAACACGACUUUUGAAGAAGUUUCUCUCAAAGGAGCAGAACAGAUGGAAGCUUUGGCCAAGACUCUUCGCAGCAGGGUCAAUCGUGGUGGUGCUGCAUAUCUGCUUGAAGCAGAGGAUGCAGAGGCAUGGGCCAAGAAGUUGAGGGAGGACGCACAGCCUACACACGCACAGCCUACACAGUCAAGCGAAGUCGACAACAAGCUGCCGGAAACUCCUGAAGUCCCAGUGGAGGAUAAGUCCAAGGCAAUCAACCAAUCAGAUGAUGAUGUCUUCAAAGCCGACUGGGAUGCCUAUGUAGCUCAGCUACCAGACGAACCACUGGAGUGGAAUGCUCCGCCUCACAGUAAGGUCGCAACGCCUUCGAGAAGGAGCAAAACCCCAGAUGCAACGAUCGAUCCAUUCGUCGCUCAGAAGCCCGACAUCGUCCAAAACACAACUUGGACCUUUGACAACACAGCUCCGCUAUGGUCCCCAAAGAUCCAUGCAUCUCCCAGUCCCGAACCUUUGAAGACUGCCUCCUCAGCAGUCUCAAUCAAGAUUGAAGAACCGUCCGAGAGCAACUUCAGCCCAGUCAAGAUCGAAGCAGCUCCAGAGCUGCAAGUUCGAAAGAUGGCACCGCAUCAAAAGUACGCUGCUCAGCAAGCCAAAACAUCAGAAGACUUGGUUCCAGCAUAUGAUGCUACCGUGGGAGAGAAACCAAAGGACGUCACGGUAAGAGAGGAAUCCAAGGACGUCACGGUGAGAGAGGGACCCAAGGACGAUACCGUGAAGGAAGAAUCGGCUCCGAGCAUCACCCCCGAGAGUCCUAAGGUUAAGAACGUGGAUCAAGAGACACAAGUGCCACCUAAAAGACUGCCACCUCAUCGCAGAUACGUUGCUGCACAAAAUGUCGAAACUCCAAAACUUCCCGAAGUUGAACUCGAUAUCACAACUAAGGAAGAAACACUACUACCCUCCAUGAAGACGAACAAAACAAAGAAAUCAAAGUCAAGAAGAAAGGCAAGAAAGCUGGAAUCACCCAAGGCUACUCCAGCUGCCUUGACACUCUGGGAUCAUGAUGAGCCUAAAGAAGAGGCGAUGUCAGACAAGCGAGAUGAGCCUAAGAAGGACUUGUCGUCAGAAAACCAAGAUGAGCUCAAGGAGGAUGUGCCACUAGAGAAGCAAGAUGAAGCCAAGGAAGACUUGCCAUCUGAGAAGAAAGAUGAGAACGUUUCCCUACCAGACACAAACACUCAAACCUGGCAACCCUCCUACCUCAGAGAUCUUCCCCCAUUGCCUGAAGACGAACUUCAAACCAUUCCCCCAUCUCAAGAAAUGCACUACUUCGAGCGCAAAUUCAUCCUCACCCACCUUGGAGGAUCGAGAUGGCUUACCUCUUUCUACAGCAUCCCCCAUNUAGAACUCUCCCUCCUGCCUGGUCGUGGCUUCUAUCUUCUCGAAGACAACACCGAGCCACUUGCCCCCUUGACUCCAGGCAGCCACGGCAGUUUGCUAACCCCAAUCCUACGUCUUCCCGAAGAAAACAAUCCAGAGACUCCAAAGCCUGAGUCUAUGCAAAAUGCCNCUCUGUUCCUCAAGAAGGGAGAAAAGUACAUCUAUUGUGGGAUGUACUCCUAUCUCCGCUCUGACCGUCUCGAUAUCGAACGUUGCUCUUCGGUUAUCCCUCCCAUCCUCAAGACCCACUGGGCAAACCAACUCACCUCCUCAACACGACCAAAAUGGGUAACAGAGAUCUUACAAACCCAUCUCUGUCCCCCUCCCACAUACUCCGGUCCUCUACCUUCCCACAUGUCCUGCGAUGCCGCGUCAUCAGCCCUAACAUCCCACAUGCAAGACCACGAAACCUGGUUUCGGGACACGCACCUCAAGACCUCGUUUUUGCGUCCCCAAAACAUCAUCGACGCAUUCGAGGCACCAGAUACUGGGGCUGAGAUGCCUGGAAUAAGGUUCUGGUGCUUGGGACUCAAGUGUGAGGGAUGGGAUAAGGGGUUUUACGAUAUGAUGGUCAGAGAAGAGAAGAUCUGGGAGAGGCAAGGUAGAAAGGAUGGGGAAAAGGAGAGAGAACAGCAAAAGGAGAUGUUGAGGGUGUUGAGCAGGAAGAGCAGACCAGUCAAGUGGUAA